UGUGCCUUCGCAGCCAUGGCACGUCGCAGCAGCUCGGCGUCACGUCGCAGUGAGACCACAAUGCUUCCAGCAUCCACACAGGCUGGUUUCGCCGGUUUGGCAACUGUAGAGACGCGAGCGCCACACAUUUUUCGUGGUAUACACGUGGAAAGACGCCAAGAGCGCGUGCUGGGGUGCUGUCGAUGUGUCUCUGCAAACUGUGACAACCGACCAUUUCAAGCCGGGCAAUUCCGUGCUGAUCCAGAAAUGCUUUGCCGCAGGUGCAAGAUGAAACCUGCACCAGCCAAUAUCUACAGCCCGGAAGUUAUGGCAGCCCUGAGAUCACGUGGAGGACCCAUUUGGACGCGCUUGUUGAAGGGUGAGCUGCAGAGCCGGCGCGCCCAAGCGGUGCUGCCAGAAUAGCCAUGACGAGCCAUGACAACCGUGGCACGUCAUUGGCUGAUUACAGAAUUUGAGCAACUUGUUGAGAUAGUUGUUGAGACCAUUUGAGUAGUUUUUCCGUUUUUCUUGUGUGUGUGUGUCUGAC